AUGUACAAGAUUGUAAAAAUAUUUUAUACAAUAAUUCUAGUGUCGUUUUUCGUAACGGAAGUCUUAUCACUUCCGAAACCGUUGGGAGUAAAAAUUCAAACUUCAAACUUAAAGGAAUGUGGGAUUCUGAUUGGAGUUAAAAUUAAAUUUUCUAGCUUUGACGUUUAUUACUCGGAGUCUCCAGAUACCAUCACUUUCGUUGUUCAAGGAAAAAUUUUUUUUAUAGAUUAUACCAAUACUUUACAAUUCGAUUUCAGGCUUUUUAAGAAGUUUGAUAACAUUUUCGUCAAUUCUUGUAUAGCAAAUAAUGGACAUUUUAAUUCAGACUACUGUGAAAUUGAAAAUACGUCUAAAUUCGAUACGUUUACAUUCAAAACUCAAUUUGAAGUAGAAGCUUCAGAUCUCAAGUCGAAUGACACUCAUGUAGAGUUAUCCGUAAAAAAUGGAGUUAAAGAUAUGGGUUGUGUUACUGCCUCUCUUGAAAGUAUUGAGAAUUCUUUUUCUUUUGAAAAUAAUUCACCGGACGAUAAAAAAAAAAACAAAUCCCAAAAUCCUUCUGAACCUAAAUCAUCGGGUAAUAAAAACAAUAAAAACGAACACUACCACCCAAAAGUCCCCUAUCCUCCCGAAUCUCCGGAAGUCACAAAACCUCCGAAAGGAUCAAAUUCUUCGGAAGGUUGGAAAAAAGGUGCUGGUAUUGGAGGGUUUGGUGUGACUGUUACUGUAGCCUUGGUAGCAUUAAGAAAAAAAAUCAGUGCCUUUUUUGGUUGUCAUACUGAGAAUACUGAGGGAAAUCAUGGACAAGAAAAUAUAACAGAUACAGGAAAUACAGGAAAUAAUAUAGAAAAUAAUAGAACUAUUAUAGUAGUUCAACAUGUAUAA